GCUGUUCCGGUUGCUUUCUUAAACUUUUAUUUCCUUUCUUCUACUACAGAGUACUCAGUACAGACUUCUACUUCUCUGGCUUUUUCAUAUUUUCUCGCUUUGAUUCUCUGUUUUCCGUUCUGUUCUCUUUAGCUUCGAAGACUCAUUGCUCCGUUCCGUUCCAGAGAAAUUGUAAAGAUGAAGGGUGCCAAGGGUAAGGGGGCUGCUAGGAACUCAAGGGAAGCAUUGAAGCCCGUGGAUGACAGAAAGGUUGGGAAGCGGAAGGCAGUGGCGAAGGUUGACAAGAGUAGCAAACGACAGGCCAAGAAGCCAAAAAGUGCCAAGAAAGACCCUAACAAACCAAAACGGCCUCCUAGUGCUUUCUUUGUUUUCCUUGAGGAGUUCAGGAAGGAGUACAAGAAGGAACACCCUGAGGUUAAAGCUGUGUCAGCUGUUGGGAAAGCUGGAGGAGAGAAGUGGAAAUCCAUGUCUGAUGCUGAAAAAGCUCCAUAUGAAGCCAAGGCUAAGAAAAGGAAGUCUGACUAUGAAAAGCUUAUGAAGGCCUACAACAAGAAACAGGAGAGCACGGCCGAAGAUGGUGAUGAGGAGUCAGAUAAGUCAAAAUCCGAAGUGAAUGAUGAAGAUGAGGAAGAUGCUGAGGAGGGACAGCAUGAGGAUGAUGAUGAUGGGGAGGAAGAGGAGGAGGAGGAGGAGGAUGAGGAUGAAGAUGAUGACUGAGAUUGGAUGCAUUUUGACAUGGGCUUGAUGGUUGAUCUAGUGAGAAAGGAUUGUGAAUCCCUUGUAUGUUAAUACUCCUAGGUCACAUUUAGUGCCCUUUUGAAAAAUGAAAAACAUGUGUUUUGUGCUGCUGCCAGUAUCUUGUUAGUUACUUGUAUGGGAAGCUCUAGCUUUCCUCUUUUAGUUAGAUAUAGUAGUUAUAGUUCUCUUUGUA